UUAUUUUUCUCUCAGAAUUCUUUGAUACAUGGUUUUAAAAAUUUUAUCCUAGUCUAUGUAGAGAUCGUGCUUUAAGAAGUUUAAUUAUAUAUUAGUAUUCGUUCGUUUAUGAUAUUAGCAAAAAGAAGAUUAGAUAAUAAUAAAAAAAACAAUAAAAGUGUUAAUAAUCUAGUAGAAAAUAUUUUUAACGUUCAAUUUCUUUCCCCCAUGUGUAGUAUCUUAUCUUUUAAACUGAAACCAAGUAUGUUAUAUAUGUACUUCCUCCCUGGUUAUAUAAAAUAUUUAAUGUGGAUGUAACCUAACUUUUUUCAUGAUUGUUUAUUGUGGUGUUUAUCUGUGGUAAUAAGUGUAAUUAUAUUAAGAAACAACCGAUUUUGUGCAUAACAUAAAGACGUAAGUUUUAAAUGUUACUUCUGAAUGAUCAAAAUUCCUUAAGUUUCGUUAAUCUUGUAAUAUAAUAUUUUGUUUCUAGCGAAAAAAUUGGAAGAAGUUAAGCAGCAAUAUUUUUUAAAAACAACAAAUUGGAUUAACUAUAUAAUCUAAAAUGUACAUUUAAUGUACAAUAUCUACCUUAACUUUGUUAAACGAGCUUUAAAUAAAUCUUCACACUAUUAAAAAUUUAUUAUUUUAAUAAUGAAUAUUAACUCAGAUAACAAUGAACCAGUAGAAAAAAGAACUAAAUUUAAUGAUAUAGAAAAUGAUUCAUUCAGUGUUUUAGAGGAUGAAAGUGACACAGAUAAACAUUCUGAAUGUCAAAAAAUGGUGGAUUUAAUAGAUAAUGAAGAUGAAAGUAUUUUGCUAUCAAAUAAAGAUGAUGAUGAUGAUGAUGAUAGUUUAUUUCCAUUUCCUCCUGACAAUGAUGUUACAGACAUGUUGGAAGGAGUAAAAUAUCAUGGAUCAUUUCCUACAAUUACAGAUCGAUAUUUUACUGCUUAUUAUAAAUUAGAUGUACAAAGACCCGCAGAUGACAUUUGUAUUUUAAUGCAUAGUAACCGAAUUUGCAUGCUUACUCUUGCUCCGAGUCACGCAAUUCUUCAAGAUGAUAAACAUAUAAUAAAAGUAGACUUCAAAGUUAGCAAUAAAUUAGAUAGAGUUCAGAAUAAAGUUUCUGGUAAAAGUAAACAUGGUGCUCAACCUUUACAAAUGAAUUCUAAUAUUUGCAUAAUUACUUGUUCAAACGAAAAAACGUAUGUUAUAAAAUGUUGUAUAAUUGGCAAAUUGGUAGAAGUAAAUGAAGCACUAAUACAAAAUCCUAAGCUCUUGUUGGAACCUCCACAUAGAGCAGGCUACUUAGCUAUAGUACUGCCAAAUAUAAAACUUUUAGACAAAAUGAAAAAAUCCUUAUUAACUCAAGAACAAUAUGACUUGAAGAUGCUAGAGCGACGAAGCACUACAAAUCACUUGGAAAUAUCAGAAAUAUGCACAUCAAAUACUUUAUUAAAAAAUGACCUAAAAAUAAUAAAUAAGGAAAUUUAAUUACUUACUAUAGUGAAAACCAAAUUACAUCAUGUAAUCUUAUUUCUAAUUGAUUUCAUUUGGUUAAAUAAUAUUAUACCAUUUCAUUUAAACCUUCAACAUGUAUAUACAUACAAAUAUUUACUUAUAUUUUUGUCUAUUAUAAUCAAUAUUUCAGAACAGUAGUUCCAGUAACUGUUUUCUAUCUACACUGCUGUAAUCUUUGGUGUACCUUUCAGUUCAUAAAUUUGGAAUAGUAUUAAAUAAAAAUUAUUUUUAUUUAAAUUA